AUGGCUGCAGAGCCGUUCGUGUUCGACGCAGGCAUAUAUGCAAUGACCGCCGUUGAAGAGGGCAGAUUGGACGCAUUGACAGGCCAAGUAGACAUUUCGAGUAGCCCUAAAAAAGGAAUCAAGUGCCAUGGCGAGUGUGAUGAGGGUGCUGGUUGGAGGACGCGGAUGGAUCAACUCCAAUACCGCGGCGGAUCCCUGACGGUUCGGGUCUAG